UUAGGGACACGACUGUUAUGAAAACAGAGAGAUUGAAUUGGUAGGAACUUUGUAACAUUGCCAAAGAUGGCCACCAGUACAACUAGAGCACAAGACGUUAUCCUGUGUCACCUCUGUCACAGGAGACCCGCCCUUCUUCACUGUAAUCCCUGUCAGGUCAACUUAUGUGAAGAAUGCGUCGGAAAACACUAUAUGACGUCAUCGUCCUCCAAUCACGAAAUUGUCAAAUACCGAGAGAGAAAAUUCCAUCUUUCAUUUCCAAACUGCAAAGCUCAUAGUUGCGAAAAGUGUACUGUUAAGUGCCAGAACUGUGAUGUAGAAGUUUGCCUCAAAUGCCUCAGCGGAGCCCAUAAUGGGCAUAAAAUUAUUGAAAUCAAGGACAUUGUUGAUGAAAAGAAAAAGCUGGUGGAGAAAGACUCAGCUUAUCUAAAGGAAGAUAUCAUUCCAAAAUUUGAAAAAGCAGAUACAGAAUUAGAAUCGAAAAUUGCGGCUUUAAAUGCUAAAUGUGACGAAUUAGAACAGUCAGUCACAAAGCAUGGGCUAAAAUGGCAGCGAUGCAUUGAAGAAAUCGUAGCGAAAAACAAGAGAGAUAUUGCAGAAAUGAGAGGAAAUGGCAUAAAGAAAUUAAAAGAAUACCAAAAAGAAAUCAAAAAUAAUCUUGCAAGACUGAAUAAAAUUGCUCUGGAGAACAAAAAGAUUUCUCAGUCCAUGGACGUUAGUGACAUCACAAGAUAUGAAAGCCAUAUUCAGAAGUAUCUUAAUAUCUCCUUACAAAUAGAUCUGGAACUACCAGCUUUUGCUUCCAAGGACAUAGAUAAAGGUAAACUUUACCAAGAUUUUGGGAAAGUAAAGGAACCUAAGAUCCAAACAGAACCGAUCAACAGAUUAGAUGUAUCCAGUGCGCUUCUAGACAAAGCCAUAAAAAUCGCAUCCUUCCACACUGGAAUAACACCGUUGAAUAGGAUUGCAUGUGUAAAUACAGAGGAGGUGUGGGUAACGGGGAAGAAUCUUAAAACCAUCACUCGUAUUAACGUACAAGGUUCUGUACAGGAAACCAUAACUUCUACUUGUCGAAAUCAUCCUACUGAUAUUUCAGUUUCAAAUGAAGGACAUCUACUGUACACAGACUUUGAAAAUCAAAUAAUUAAUGAUGUCCACGAGACAACAGCACAGAUUACAACACCACGAUUAUGGAAACCAGUAGGACUGUGUUGCACAGAAUCAGGUGACGUACUGGUCAGUAUGUGUACAUUUAAUGAAGAACAUUAUAAAAUUGUCCGUUAUGAAGGUCAAACAAUAAAGCAGGAGAUAGAAAAGGACGACCAAGGUAAACCACUAUAUAGGGGAGGAAAAAAGAUGCUGUUUGUAACAGAAAACAACAACGGGGAUAUUUGUGCAUCUGAUUGUAAUGCUAAAGAUAUCGUUGUGGUGAACAAGGCUGGAAAACUCCGUUUCCGAUAUAAAGGACAACAAACGAUGAAAAAACAGUUUUAUCCUAUCGCUAUUAAAACAAACUCCGCUGAUCGUAUAAUAGUAGAGGAUGGCGGGAAUUGCUGUACUCACAUCAUUAAUCAGGACGGUCAGUUUCUCUGUAGUCUGGAUUUCUGUGGAAAAAUGAGUGUGGACACAAUAGGGCGAUUGUGGGUGGGGGAGUAUGAGAGUGGAAUUGUGAAGAUCAUAAAAUACACAAAAUAAAGGGGCUGAUUUCAUUAAUACAAUCUGCGAUGAAAUGUUUUAAAAAUAUUUACUUUUUUUUAGAUAAUGGAAAUGUUUUAGUGUGGUGUUUCAUUAAUUGUCAUAAUGUAGAAAAAAUGUGAUAAAUGGGACCUUAAAUUAAAUUACUCAAG